UAGGACGCAAUUCAAUUCACCGUUUGAGACAGAACUGGGGGGAGUCAGAGCACACCACAGACACAGAGCAUCUCCAUCCAAUGGCGAAACACCAACAGAGCAAAGGAACCUCCUCGGUGGCGGCCGAUCUAGUGGACUUCUUGAACGCUUCUCCCACGGCAUUCCACGCUGUUGACGAAGCCAAGAAGAGACUGACUAGUGCUGGAUAUGAGCAAGUUUCGGAGAGAGAAGAUUGGAGUUUAGAAGCCGGAAAGACCUACUUCUUCACAAGGAAUCACUCUACCAUUGUCGCUUUUGCAAUCGGUAAAAAAUAUGUUGCGGGAAAUGGAUUCCAUGUAAUUGGUGCUCAUACUGACAGUCCUUGUUUGAAACUGAAGCCCGUUUCAAAGGUAUCGAAAGGUGGGUAUUUGGAAGUUGGUGUCCAAACUUAUGGAGGUGGUUUAUGGCACACGUGGUUUGAUCGGGACUUAACUGUUGCUGGAAGGUUGAUAAUAAGAGAAGGGAAAGAUGGCAAUGUUUCCUACUCGCAUCGACUAGUUAGGAUUGCAGAGCCCAUAAUGCGAAUCCCAACUUUGGCAAUUCACUUGGACAGGGAUGUUAAUGAUGGAUUUAAGGUGAACACCCAGAGUCAUCUUGUUCCAGUCUUGGCAACAUCAAUUAAGGCAGAGCUUAAUAAAGUGGUUUUCAAGAACAGUCCAGCUGAAAGUGGAAGUUCAACUGAUGGAAAUAGGUCUAAUGAAAAGUCAAAAACUGACAACCAAAAGCACCAUUCCCUUCUUUUGCAGCUUCUUGCAGCUGAGGUUGGUUGUGAACCAGACGACAUAUGUGAUUUUGAGUUGCAAGCAUGUGAUACACAACCAAGCAUAAUUGCUGGAGCCACAAAGGAAUUCAUUUUCUCAGGAAGACUUGAUAAUCUCUGCAUGUCAUUUUGCUCUUUAAAGGCAUUGAUAGACUCUACCUCUUCUGAAAGUAGUCUUGAUCAUGAGACUGGUGUAAGGGUGGUUGCCUUGUUUGAUCAUGAGGAGGUUGGAUCUAAUUCAGCACAGGGAGCUGGAUCUCCUGCCAUGUUGGAUGCUCUAUCACGAAUUACAAGUUCCUUCAGUACCGAUUCUAAGUUGCUGGAGAAGGCAAUCCAGAGGAGCUUCCUUGUAUCUGCUGACAUGGCCCAUGCUUUGCAUCCUAAUUAUAUGGAUAAACAUGAAGAUAAUCAUCAGCCCAAGUUGCACGGUGGGCUGGUUAUCAAACACAAUGCAAAUCAACGUUAUGCAACCAAUGCCGUCACUUCCUUCAUAUUUAGGGAGAUAGCAAUCAAGCACAACCUUCCUAUCCAGGAUUUUGUGGUUCGCAAUGACAUGCCCUGUGGUUCAACCAUAGGUCCAAUUCUGGCGAGUGGUACAGGGAUUCGUACAGUUGACAUUGGCGCACCACAACUAUCAAUGCACAGCAUAAGAGAAAUGUGUGGAGUUGAUGAUGUAAAACAUUCCUAUGAGCAUUUCAAAGCCUUCUUCCAAGAGUUUUGUCAUGUUGACACCAAGAUUGUAGUUGACAUUUAGGUCUCAGCCUCUCAUUUCCUUCGAUAAUGCAUGCUAGUAUUUUGUAUUGUCAAAACAGUUGGACAUCUAGUUUCCACUCCAAGCAUAUGAAAGAUAUUUCUAGUGCCAUACUCAGCUGAGUUGCCAGGUCGACCGGUGUUGUAUUAAACUGUGCAAUUUAGUAGAAGUUGCUUCUAUGGUUAUUAAUAUGUAAUUUGUGGCCAAGUAACAUCCAGUCUACUUUUUGUUAUGUCAUUUUGCAAUUCUGUC